AUGCCGCUGGUGAAGAGGAACAUCGAGCCCCGUCACCUCUGCCGAGGGGAGCUCCCCGGGGGCAUCGGCAGCGAGCUGGAGUGUGUGAUGAACAACACGCUCUCUGCCAUCAUCCGUCAGCUCAGCAGCCUGAGUAAACAUGCAGAGGAUAUAUUCGGCGAGCUGUUCAAAGAGGCCAACACCUUCUAUCUGCGUGCCAACUCUCUCCAGGACCGCAUUGACCGGCUUGCCGUCAAGGUCACGCAGCUGGACUCCACCGUAGAAGAAGUUUCCCUACAAGACAUCAACAUGAGGAAAGCCUUCAAGAGCUCCACCACUCAGGACCAGCAGGUGGUGUCCAAGAGCAGCACGCCCAAUCCUGUCAAAGAGAUAUACAAUACAAGUGACAAACCUCCGCCACUCAACAUCCUCUCAUCUUACAGGGAUGACCACAAGGAAGCACUUAAGUUUUACACCGAUCCCUCCUACUUCUUCGACUUGUGGAAGGAAAAGAUGCUACAGGACACCGAGGAUAAGAGGAAAGAGAAGAGGAAGCAGAAGGAGCAGAGGCGUUGUGUGGAUGGAACGUUACAGAGGGAGGUGAAGAAGGUCCGAAAGGCGAGGAACCGUCGGCAGGAGUGGAACAUGAUGGCUCUGGAUAAAGAGCUCAGGCCGGACCAUCGACAUACCAUACACCGAGACAGAGGGGCUUCCUCUGAGGGCUCCAUGUCACCAGAGAACAGGGGUCACGGUCCUGAUCCGCACCACUUCCCCAACAUGAUGAACCACGCUGGCCACGCCCACACCUACUCCGGCCCGCCGCCCAGCGUCCUGGCCGCCCAGAUGGCGGCAGGGCACGCCCCUCGUGGAGGAGGUGAACAUGAUGUCCGAGGCAGGACCAUGAUGGCCUAUCAGGGGGGGACGCUGGGCCGUGUUCACCACCACCAGGUCCCGCUGCCUCCUCCACCCUCUGAGGCUAUGAACGGGGGCUCCAUGUCCCUACCACCAAUGGACUACAGUAUGGAUGGCUACGCCAACACUGGUCCUCCUCCUCCCCCUCCAGCCCCUCUCAUCCCUUCUGCCCAAACUGCCUUCGCCUCACCUCCCGGAGGUCCGAUGCCACUCGGGCCGAUGGCCGGCGCCGGUGGCUUCGCUCUGCCUCCACCACCUAUGGGUGGAGCCCAGGCAGCUCCGCCUCCCCCCGGUCCUCCACCUCCUCCCCUCGCAGCCGGUGCCUCCCACUUUACAUCCCGCAAGAUGUCUUCCUCUGCACCUGCUGAGACCUCAGCGGUCACUGACGCCCGCAGCGAUCUGCUGGCUGCUAUACGUAUGGGCAUCCAGUUGAAGAAGGUGCAGGAGCAGCAGGAGCAGCAGGCCAAGAGGGAGCCUGUCGGAAACGACGUGGCCACCAUCCUGUCGCGGCGCAUCGCUGUGGAGUACUCCGACUCCGAGGAUGACUCCGAGUUGGAGGAGAACGAUUGGUCGGAUUAACACACACACACACACACACAAAUACCACUGAAGAUACACAAUCAGUCGAUUUCACACUCGCUUGAACGAAUGCCCACUGUACCACACUCACGGGUUGUCACACUUUGUUGCUGAAAACACACACACACACACACACUCCUACACACAAUCACAUGCUGUAGGUUGAUAUAAGCUGAAUGGUCCAAAAACUGGAACUGUGGGGGUGUAUUCAAGAUGCAUAAACACUGUAAAGACACUAGUAACAUACUACUUACUGAAACAUUAACACGUAGCUUGACAAAUAUAUUUCAACGCAUUGUGAAUACACCCCAGUGGAUGUUUCUCUACCUGUUAUAACACUAUAGACGCCCUGUGAAGGUGCUUAUUUCAUGUAUAGUCGAAGCUUGAGAGCGUUAGAAGAAUUAGAAACUUUUUCCUCUUGAGCUAACCAAUGUACUUGUCUUUUUUUAAUGUUUUUACUGAAACACUUGCUGUAGAUCAUGAGGCGAAGUUUUUAACAUGUCAAUAACUGGAAGUGAAGGAGUGAAGGAGUAAUGAAGUCUGAGGGAGUGAAUGGGGGAGAGCAUUGUGGUAAAGAUGGACGAGAGGGCGAUAUGUAAUAAGUCUUAUUGAUCAUAAACAUGAUAAUUGAUUGAGCCAUCUGCGUCUGCAAUCGAUCACUGCUGUGUGGGAGGGCGAGGGAGGGAUGGGAGGGUGGUGGGGGUCAUGUAUAUGCUAGUAUGAGCUCUGUAACCUGUGACCCAGAGAAAAAUAAAAAUGAUGAAUGAAGGAU